AACUGCGAAGGAAUGCGUGACAUGUACAUAAAAAUGCAAACAAAUAGAACAUCUACUUUCCUUCUUACAUAAAUUUGUGUUGCUUGGUUGGGUUGAUGACAUAUAGACAUGAAUCACAUGCACGUCUUGGUGAGAUAUUGGGCACAAAAUUCGCAUAAUCGAGCCAGUCGUGUGUGGAAAUGAUCUUGACAACGCAACAGGUUGUCUGAAAGAAGGAACACAUGAGACAUGAAUUUAGAAAGCUCUGUUUUCAGCUGGAAACUUGUGCGGUCUGAAAUGAAGACUAAUCCUGAACCAAUACGCUGAACAAAAAAGCGAACAGCUUUGGAAACAAACGAUGGAGAGAGACUUAAGAACUUUGAGGCGAUCGAAGGUAAGAGUUUAAUAAACCAACUGCGCGUAAAAUAUGUUUGUUAUUGACCGGCUAGCGUUAAUGCCCAUCUCUUGAGUUGAUGCCUUGAAAGAACAUUUCAGCCUGUGAUUUAAUAUGUUCCUAGGCUACGGCUGGAGCCGUGAGUUAAUUAAUACUGCCGCUCUCUUGCCUUCUCAUCUAUCGAGGUUUGGUUUCCGUUUUUGAGGGCACUGUUUGUGUAACCUAAUAUAAGUUCACAAGAACGUCGAUUACCUCUAUACGGCUAGUGUUUCAAUGCGAAAGAUAACUUUGACAUUUUGAUGUCGAGAAGCAGACAGUGGUAAGGCAAUGGCGUGAUGUUGACAAAGCUAGUCAAAAGUCAAAUAAAUUAAUAAUUUGUCGCUGAUAUGUUGUUUGUGCUAUAAAGUUGAUAGCUUACUGUCUAAACACUGUAAUUAGGUAAUUAUUAAUAACUCAGUCUACUGUUCUGAAUAUUAUCUGAUUGCUCGAGUCCCCAAACUCUGCUUUCCUCAUUCCUUUUCCUAAUAUACUCAGAUACUCUGAGAUCUAUGAAAGUAAAGUUAACUUAUCAAUAACUGUCCUCUUGAAAAACUUGAAAACAUAUAAUAUAUGAUUACAGUAAUUCCAAAAAUCAAAAAAGUUAGAUGAAAUUGCUUGUUCUCUUAUGCAUUAUUGUGUGUUUUCAAUGUCUUCUGUUGUACUUUUUUUCCUGGAGACAAUGGGCUUAGAGAGCUAUUACAUUCAGUAUUGUUUUGAAUAAACUUGCCGCAACAGACUUAAGUAUAAAAUUAUAUUUAUUAAUCUUAUAGAAACAUGACAAUUUUUGCAUUUUUUUUAUAAAUUUUAACAGCAUAGGAUCUAAACAAUUUUUGUCUUUUACCGAUUUUAUUUCAAUUUGUCAGUCCACUGUGGACUCUUUAUACAAUGGUUGUUUAUUGCAAAUAUUAAGCUCAUUGUUCAAGGUUUUUUUGUCAUUUAAGUUAACUUUUUGUACAUGCAGAACAAUAAAUUCUUCUGAAUCAGUACUGUGGAUGAUGUGAUGAUCAUCAUCAUGAGGAAUCAUGAUGAUGAUGAGUACCCGCCACCUUUUUUCAGUCUUUAUCCUGAGAGAGCCUGUAUUUUUUUCUUAAAGACCUGACCAUUUUCAAAGACACCCUAAGUUUUUCCAAAGAUGUUUCCAAUAUAAUUUGCAAAGGCAUUCCAAAGUUGUCAAGUUAUCAUCUCCAGUACUUUCAGUUGGAAAAUUCAAAGGAUAGCUCAGAUCUAAAGUAAAAUAAUUCAUAUUGACUUUUCUUUUGUCUUGUGUAAUUGGUUCGAGUUUAUAUUUUUACGUUAUUUAAUGAAAAAAAAAACUUUACCGUUAUAUGGCUCACCUUUCUGCUCUACAAUGUCUCAUAUUUCAAGCUGUAGCAGUUUUGCUUGUUAUGUUUAAUAUAUUUCUUUGUACUUUUUGUAGCUCAUGAACUACUCAGAGUUUCGUGUGAUGACCACUGCUCUUGAAAAGUACUACAAAGAUGUUAAAAUUGCAAUUUUGACUGGACAGAGAUCUGCCAAAGACCUAGAUUUGAGGUAGAGAUACAGGUCCUAAAAUGAAGGAUUGUUGUUGUGCAAUGUUGUUUAAAAUUUUCUCACAACAAUAGUUAAAUUUUAUAAUUAAAACUAAUAUUACAGCAAGCACUCUUGCUGGUCCCAGCAUUCAUCACUAACUUGGGUGUACUGUGCAGUUUCCUGUUCCUACCACAUUUUUUCUAGCCUCCUAUUUUCAUCAAUGUUUCUGGUAUGGGGUUCACACAUGCCCUUUUUUUUUCUGUUUUUAAAAAUAUAAGAAGUUAACUAAAGUUAACUGAGUGAUUCAGUGUAAUAAAUUCAUCACAGCCUACUGCAUUUAUACUUCUUAUUAAAGCAUGAUGAUAUUUUGCAGACCAUAUUUAUAUGAUGAAGGAGACCCUUAUGAUAAACCCUUUUAUGGAACUCUUUUGAAGAUGUUAUCUGAAGUUGCAACGUAAGUUAUUUGCAAUCUACAGGCAUUUUUUUAGGGUGUAAUAAAUAUUAUAGUCUUUAAUCUGGUGAUUGAAAGUUGAAAAUCAUGUUGCAUAUUCGUUUUGCUGACAACCACACCUCAGGUAGCCUGCAAACACAUAUGUAUUUCUGGUUGUCCCUUCUCUCCACCCAAAAAGUAAUGUCUGCUGCUACCCAAGCCACCAAAUGAUUUCUGUGACAAACAAAACAUUCCAGGCGCCAAUCCAUACUCUGUCUGGUUUCCACCGUUUUACGUCUGUUCUCAGGCCAAAAAAAUACACCUGCAUAGAGCCCAUUUAGAGAAACACAUUCUGAAGUGGUAACCUUAAGCUUCAUUUCUUCAGAGUAGAUUCAAUGUGUUGGGUGUGAGCACCAAUAUCUCUCUUCAGUGCACACCAUGAAGACUUUCCUUAUUGUCAAUGUUGGGGGGCUGGGAUGGCAUAUUCUUUGGAAGAGAUUGGCUCCCCCUGUGUGUGAAUCCCGAGCAGUACAUGAGUUGAGUUUGUCGUGGAUUUUCACCCUUGUUCUUAAUUAGCAGUUUUUCUCCUGAUACUCCAUUUUUUUCCCUCUCCUCAAAAAUCCAUGUAAAUCCCUCGAGCCACUUUGUGGAUAAACUACUGCUAAAAUCCUGUAUAUUUUAUUUCAUUUUAUUUUCUUGGUAUAGGCAACCUCGGCAAGUUCAGAAAUUAAAUAUGUUCAUUUACUUUAAUACAAAAUAACUAUAAUAUAUUUUAGUGACUCUGUUUUAGUUUUCAAAACUUUUGACCAGCACACUUUCUGAACAUGAACAUGCCUGCACAUUUCUUCCAUCAAGGAAUGAUUCGUUUAAUCAACAAUGAGAACACCAAUUGUCAGACUGAGUUCUAAAACUUGCAUUCUCAAAUAUCUUUCUGCCUUCCUUGAAAAAAUGAUGACAAAACUCAAAGGACCCACAUGUACGUAGGGUAAAUGUACACGUGGGCCAAUGUGUGGAAUAAACACUGAGUAGGUAAUUUAUAUCAUUUACUCUAAGAAUUAAGUGUUCUUUAAUGUACACCUGUAGUAAAAUGUACCUUUACUUUUUUCUUGCCUAAUCAAGGUCAAAGUACUUUGAUAAACAGCAUGAGGAUUUGAUGAAGAUUUAUAAUUGGUACAGAGCUAACAAAAAGCUUAUCACAUCUCCACCCGUAAGUUUAAAUUAAUUAUUUUAAUAAUUUAAUUGCACAUAGUUCAGAACAAACAUCCCUGAGGGAACUUAUCUUGACUUCCUGGUGGUAAGACAGUCAAACCUCCACUAACGGGCACCACUCCACAAUGGCCACCUGUCUACAAUGGCCAGUGUUUUGGAAGCAAGGGUGGCGUAGUGGUGAAGUGCUCGCCUCCCACCAAUGUGGCCCAUGUUCGAAUCCUGGUGUCGACGCCAUAUGUGGGUUGAGUUUGUUGUUGGUUCUCUCCUUUGCUCCAAGAGGUUUUUCUCUGGGUACUACGGUUUUCCCCUCUCCUUAAAAACCAACACUUUAAAAUUCUAAUUCAAUCUGAACGCACGGACACGUUUCAAUGAGUUUUUAUGAACUCCUUAGUGCUCUGUGGGUGAACAAAUUACAAUUUACAAUUUACAAGACACUGUCCACACUUUGACUCUUGUUUAGACCCCGCUACAACGGCAAACUCUCCACAUACAAUGACCACUUUCUUCUGUCCUCAAGGUGGCCAUUGUAGCUAGAUUCAACUGUGAGUGAAACUUGUACAUUUGGUAAAUUGCUUUUAACCAGGAUGGAAAAUAAAUGUUGGAACGAUAUAGGUAGCAAGUCUACUACUGAUUUGUCCUAGUAAGGCUCUACAGUAUGUAGAUUAAUAUACCCAAGGGCAAUAACUUGUUUUCUGUAUCACUGUAACAUGCCAUACAUACAUGCAAAAAUCAUUAAUCUGGACGGUCAUUGGCGGGUCUAAAAUACAGGUCACUUUUCUACAGGUCAAAGUACAGGUCAUCAUGAUAUAGAUAAAUGAACAGCAUAAAGUGUCGCCUAGCCCUAAUCUCUUAACAUUAUCUCUAUUAGAUCGAGGGGAAUCUGUGUGGUUUGGUAAUUUAUCGAUGGGGCAGUGACAUGUACUCUUGACCCGUGGAAUGUGACCUGUAUCUUAAAACCGGCAAGCUACAACUGACAGGAGUUACCUCUGAAAGUUCUCUUUUUCAUUCAUUUGUCAGAAAAUUCCAAUCCCUAAUGCUGAGAAGAAAGAAGGGAAUUCUGAUGGUUCAGAUAGCUUUGAUGAGGAUGAAGAAGAGGAGGAAUUAAAGGAAUUGACAAAAGUUCCUAAGCUUCACUUGCGACCUAAAACAGCACCUGCAGUUGAGGGGCGCAAAGGAGUGCGAUAUGUGACCUGGAAUGAAGCACAACGUCAGCAAAAUGGACCCAAAAGGCCACACUCAGCUGCGAAGUCAUUUAGGAAUCUAAGGGGUUCCUGGAGUGAGGUAAUUUAGUUUUAGAAUCUAAGAGCUGGAGACCUAAAUUUGACAAAAAAAUAAUGAUGUUUACCACAUGAUACCUAAUGGCAUUUUGAAUUCUUGGGGGAUCCUGCAUCCGGACAAUGUACAUGUAUAUACCUGCCAACUUUUUCCAAGAUAUGAGCGUGAGAUUUUUAUCCUGGGAGUGCUGGGAUUUUUGAAGACGACACAAUCAUUUCCGAAGAUUCCCGAAGAAGUCCGAAGACUUCCGAAGACUUCUGAAGUCUGCCGAAGGCGAAGUUAUCGAGACCCAGUCUUAGGAAGCGUAUAAACUCGAGCUCGCUCCCAGUGCUUUUCACUUCAAAAAUCAGAGAUCACGAGAAAGGUAUUGUCAUUUAUUCAUUUUACACAUGGUUUUCGUUCCUUAAAUGGGUCUGAGUUAACAUAUUAAUUUUUGGAAAUUGUUUUUGGAAAAGACGACAGCAACUCACAUUUUUCAAUCAGGCGUGAGAAAUUGGCCCGCAAGCGUGAGCCGGCGUGAGAUCGAAGUUUUCAACCCGCAGGCGUGAGACUCACGCCUAAGGCAUGAGAGUUGGCAGGUAUACAUGUAAAUUGAUUUGUGUCAAUAUAACACCGUUAAAAUUCAUUCAAUAUUUUAUUUGAAUAUACUGGCCAUCUUAAUUUUAACUCAUAGACAAAGAGCUGUUUUCCAUGACAAUGCAAUAAGAAUGUGAAAGCAUGUGGAAAGUGUAAUAAUAAUACUGAUUGAUGCUACAGUUGACUGACAUGUAAUCCUACCCCCUGGAAUGUGCUAUAUAUAUCAACCACAUUCCGUACCAAGAACAGAGAUCAAUAAACCUUCGAGCCAGUCAACCCUUGUUAUGUUUCUUAGUUAAAACCCUGAACCCGUUCAUCUAAGCAAAGCUUAUUACAUGGUGUCAGAAGUGGCCAAUCAUGGAACACAUGAAGCCUAUCGGACCUCUACGAAUGGACGGCAACGUCGCAGAAAACUGGCGAAAAUGGAAACAGAGGUGGGUCCUCUAUGCGAAAGCGAGUGGAGUAGACUCAAAAGACGAAGAAACACAGUGUGCAGUCUUACUACACACCAUAGGAGAAGAGGCACUCGAAGUAUACGACACUUUUACAUUUACAGAAGCCGAGGAGAAUAAGAUAGAACCUCUCGUGGCAAAGCUAGAGGCGUACUGUGCCCCAAAGAAGAACGUCACGUACGAACGCUAUCUUUUCUUCUCGUGCACGCAAAACGGACGGCCUAUCGACGCCUUCGUUACCGAUCUCCGCACAAAAGCCAAAACCUGCGAGUUUGGAACACUCAACGAUAGUCUAAUAAAGGACAGAAUCGUGUGUGGAAUCGACAGCCAGAGUGUAAGGGAGCGACUCUUACGCAACAACGAGCUCACUCUAGAAGUAGCCAUAAAUACCGUACGAGCCGCAGAGACGAGUAAAACUCAAAUGGAGUCCCUUAACAGCUUGGAAGCAGCAGCCGUAAACUUCGUCACAAAGAACCAAAAACAGCCACCAAGAUAUCAGCCUAUGAAGAAAAGGCAGCAGAAACAACAGCACCAGCAAAUAAAACCGUGUGGUCGUUGUGGUUACAUCCACAAGCCAAAACAAUGCAGGGCGUUUGGACAAACAUGUCACAAAUGUCAAGGGAGAGAUCACUUCGCCCAUAUGUGCCGCACAAAAGGCGCAAAUACUGGCCACAAAACACUCAAUGAAGUCGAACAGCAGUCAGACACUGACUCAGAUGAGGAUCUAUUCCUUGGAGAAUUAGAUUCGUCACAAAAUGACAAAAACGAACUGUUCACGAAAUUAACCGUGAAUGAGGAAGAGAUCAGCUUCAAAAUUGAUACAGGCGCACAGUGCAAUGUCAUUCCCGAACACGCCUAUGAAAAACUGAGCAAGAAGCCAAGCCUACAGCCUACUAAAGUUAAGAUAACUGCAUAUGGUGGGGUACGUGUGCCGAUCAAAGGAACAUGCACAAUGACAAUCAAGAAAAACAGCAAAAACCUUGAUGCCAAAUUCUUUAUUGUCGCCGUUGAAAAGGCUCAACCCUUAAUUGGCCUUCAAACUUGCCGAGAUCUGGAACUGAUAAACAUUAACAACGAUGUUAAUGAAGUCAAAACAAGUGGAACAGAAAUUCUCGACGAAUUUAAAGAUGUCUUCACCGGACUUGGUUUAGUCAACGGAGAAUUUCACAUCGAGCUUCGAGAAGACGCAAGGCCUACAAUCCAACCGUCACGGAAAAUUCCUCUGAGCCUGAUGCCGAAACUACAGAAAACACUAGAGAAGCUGACAGAAAUGGAAGUAAUCAGCAAAGUUGAAAAAGCAACUGACUGGGUCAACAGCCUAGUCAUCGUGGAAAAAAAAGACGGCUCAUUGAGACUUUGUUUAGAUCCGAAAGAUUUGAACAGAGCAAUCAAGCGUGAACAUUAUAAGCCGCCGACAGCCGAAACCAUUUCUAGUAAGCUCAAUGGGAAGCGUGUUUUUACGGUAAUUGACAUGAGUAACUGCUACUGGCACAAAAAGUUGGAUGAAGAAUCAUCCUAUUUGUGCACAUUCAACACGCCUUUCGGCAGAUACAAGUUUAACAGAAUGCCGUUUGGUAUCUGUGUAGCGAGUGACGUCGCUCAGAGAAUGGUGGAUGAAAACUUCAGCGACAUUCCAGGAGUUCUCGCAGUGCACGAUGACAUUAUCAUCGCCGGAAAGGACACUGCGGAACACGACCUAGCUCUCAAACAAGCGCUGGAACGCGCAAGAUCACGCAACAUAAAGUUUAACCGCAGCAAAGUACAGCUACGCGUCAACCAAGUGAAGUAUCUUGGUGAUAUCGUGACCGCCGAUGGAUUCAAGCCAGAUCCCGAGAAGAUAAAAGCAAUUGUGGAAAUGCCAGAACCACAAUGUAAGCAAGAUUUGCAACGCCUACUUGGCAUGGUCAACUAUCUGUCGCAGUACAUACCAAACAUGUCAGAAAUCACAGCCCCCCUACGCAACUUGUUGAAAAAGAACAUGCAAUGGGUGUGGUAUGACGAACAUCGAUCCGCGAUAGAUAAGCUAAAACAUGCACUCACGAACACUCCCGUUCUGCAGUAUUUCAACCAAGACAAGCCAACUACAAUCCAAACCGACGCUUCGCAAAGUGGAAUCGGAAGUUGCCUCCUGCAAGAAGGACACCCCGUGAUUUACGCGUCAAGAUCGCUGACGAAUGCCGAACAGAACUAUGCUCAAAUCGAGAAAGAACUAUUGGCUAUUGUAUUUGCGUGCGAGCGAUUUCACCAAUUUGUCUACGGCAAUGACAUAAUUGUGCAAAGUGACCACAAACCACUUGAGGCGAUAAUGAGAAAGCCAUUAUCUCAGACACCCCCGAGAAUUCAACGAUUGCUAAUCAGGCUUCAAAAGUACAAUUUGACAGUUCAUUUUGUACCCGGAAAACUGAUGUUCAUUGCAGACACUCUAUCAAGAGCGUACCUAAAUGAGACUGUUGAGGGUCCCCAAGACCUCAAUGAUGACAUCGAAGUGAUGAUCCACAGUUUCAUCACCGAAAUCCCAGCGAGUCCAGAAAAGUUGACACAGCUGAAAAAUGAAACCGCCAAAGAUGCAACACUUCAGGCGCUGAAAGCUCAAAUACAAAAAGGUUUCCCACCCCAUAGAAAAGCCUUGAGACCAAUCCUCUCGCCAUACUGGAUUGUCAGAGAUGAGCUAAGUGAAGCCGACGGUCUUCUAUUCAAAGGAAGACAGCUUCUCAUUCCAAAAGCCAUGCAGCACAGCGUCCUGAAAUGAUACAUGAAAGCCAUCUUGGAAUUGAAAAGUGUAAAGCACGAGCAAGAGCCAUUGUUUAUUGGCCUGGAAUGUCACGCGACAUCCAUGAUACUGUUGUCAAGUGCCCGACAUGCUUGACACACAGACACAAGAACCAGAAGGAACCAAUGAUUCCCCAUGCCAUACCAGAUCGUCCAUGGCAAAAGCUCGGAUCCGAUGUGUUUGAACACAAAGGAAAACCGUACCUAGUAGUGGUGGACUACUACUCCAAGUACAUCGAAACUAGCCUAAUGCGUGACAAAACCGCGGGAACCAUUGUCACGCACAUGAAGUCAAUCUUCGCUAGACAUGGCAUCCCUGAAGAGCUCGUAUCAGACAACAUGCCUUACAACAGUAAAGAGUUCAAACGAUUCGCAGACGACUGGGGAUUUGAACUGAUCACCUCAAGCCCCACAUAUCCGCAGUCUAAUGGCCUCAGUGAGAAAGCAGUACAAACCGUUAAGCGAAUACUAAAGAAAGCAAGCGACCCAUACAUCGGCCUGAUGGAGUACAGAAAUACUCCAGUGACAGGAAUGACAUAUUCGCCAUCCCAGCUUCUCAUGAGUCGCACCACCAGAACCAAGAUCCCUGUAACACAAGAACUCCUGAAACCAAAGAUUGCUACUGAGGUCAAACAACAACUGUUAGCCUGUCAACAUCAGCAAGUGCACUAUUACAAUCAAGGAAGAAAGCCCUUGACAGAUCUCAAACCACAGGAAGCUGUCCGUCUACGCCAAGGAAAGACCUGGGUACCUGCCGUAGUAAACGAGAAAGCAGAAACCCCGAGAUCCUAUUUAGUCACAACUACGACCGGACAACAAUAUCGCCGGAAUCGCAAGGAUCUGCUACAAACUGGAGAAAACCCUCCUGUAAUAUCGGUCCCGCAAGACAACGACUUUAAUUACACUACAGAAACUCAGAAAACCUCAGCAACCCCCAACAAAGAACAAGACCCUGUACAACCUCCUGAACAACAGCAACCCAACAACCCAGAAUCGACGACACCACCUAGACGCUCCUCGCGAAUCACUACUCUUCCCUUUAAAUUCAAGGACUAUGUCAUGAAUUUCUAAGAACUGAACACUGAAAAUUAGAACAUUGAACUUUUGUCAUACCGGAAGUGUCAUUGUUAUUAUUCGAUUAUUUUUUUUUAAUGAUAGUGUUUGAUUUCAUUCUCAAAAAGGGAGAUGUAAUAAUAAUACUGAUUGAUGCUACAGUUGACUGACAUGUAAUCCUACCCCCUGGAAUGUGCUAUAUAUAUCAACCACAUUCCGUACCAAGAACAGAGAUCAAUAAACCUUCGAGCCAGUCAACCCUUGUUAUGUUUCUUAGUUAAAACCCUGAACCCGUUCAUCUAAGCAAAGCUUAUUACAGAAAGAAUGAACAGAACUUCCAGUUCUUAAUUUCCCACUCAGUUACUUAUCAAGCUUGCUUUUAGAUCGGCAUACACCAUUAUCACUGCCAUCACAUUAAGUCAUUUAUAUCUAUUUUUAAUAAUACAGUCGACUCUCUCUUAACGGACGCCUCUAUAAGACGAACACCUCUGUAAAACGGACACCAAGAAUUGGUCCCUGCCUUUCUUUACUCCCUUUAUUUGACUGUCUAUAAGAUGGACACCUCUCUAACACGGACACUUAGUGCCAGUCCCAAAGGUGUCCGUCUUAGACAGAGUUGACUGUAUUCCAAUUUAAUUUAUUUGAUAUUCAUUUAUUAUUUUGUGACAAAAAGAAAGUAUAAUAUAAUGUGCAUACAUGAUUGAAAAACUGGAUUUCGGAGAUACUGCAGUGUAUACUGAUCUUGCGCUGGAGUGUAUACAAUGAAGUAGCAAUCUUUAGUAAAGAUAUUUCUGGGAGACAGACACUGUUCCAGAUCACAGCACCAUUGUUUAAGUUUAAAGUGACAAUUAAUUGUCAAGGUCUGGUGUUUUUAGGAUGCACUGACGAGAAGCCUUCAUAUCAGUGCCUACGGACCACACCCAAGUGAUGGAGUGUUUAUGGACCAGGAUGUUGGAUCAGCCGGUUACAUCUUUAGACCUGGCACGGCACCACCUGUCAUCAGGAAUACUAAGGUUGAACAUUCUUUUCUAUGAAAAUUGUUUUUCCUUCAGACCUUCACAUUCUAGGAACACUUACAGAAGGGUUUUUUUUUCUUCUGACUGGAUUGAAUACACUAGAUCUUCAAAACUUCCACCAACAAAUACUAAAUGUUUCAAAUAAUAGAGCAUAAGUUCGCCCCAUGUAGGGGAAUCUAGGACAGUCCUGGAUUGUGGGUUCCACGCUGUAGAUUCCGUAUUCCAGGUACUGGAUUCCAGUAUUUGUCAGUAGAACUUGGAUUCUGGAUUCCAAAUGUUGUGGGAUUCCGGAUUCCUUGAGCCAUAUUCCGGAUUCCAUAAGCAAAAUCUUCUCAGAUUCUGGAUUCCACAAGCAAAGAUUUCCCAGAUUCCGGAAACCGGAUCAGUCCCUUACAUGGGGCAAGUAAGUUCUAAAAUGGAUAAUAAGGAAAUUUAGUAUUCCUCCAUGACCUCUAGAUUGCCAGUUGUAGUUCUCUAGUGCAGGGCUAUUUUUUUCUUACAUGCUUGUUUAUUUGUUCCUUUAUUUAUUUUUUCAUUUAUUUGCCACACAAAAGAAAAAUACAGUGUAAAAUGUAAGAUAGGUACUGGUAGAUAAAAGCAAAGCGACAAGUAGAACUAAGAGAAACUGUACAGAAAGCUAGUAUAAGACAUUAGGCCAUGCGAGCUAUGGGCUGUAUUUGUGGAACAACAAGUGGAGAAGAUGACGUAGCUAUGCAUGAUACUUGGUAUUUAGGGUCAUUUAGGUCUGUCCAACAGGCCCAAAAUGAUAUCAAUGUGAGAUACAGGUGCAGACGACCCAGUCUCUGUAGCAUGAGGCUCCUUAGAGUACUGCUGCUAUAACGUUUAAUUAUCUGCAGCAUGUUGCUGAUAACUAUAUAUAAACCUGGGUGAAGAGAGACAAAGUAUCAGAAGUUCAGGGAGGUAACUGCUCAGCCAUUGGGCCUCCUUGUAAGCAUGGACAGGUUGUUGAGUAUAUCCUGUCUGGGUUUUCAUUUUAUACCCCAAUAACUGUAUAAAGGUGUCUUUCAUGCACUUGCUGAUUUAAAUUAUUUUGUAAUCUUGAAUUCUGCAGGGAAGAGUAAAUACUGACCAGUUGAAGUCAUUCAUUCUGCGGCCAUCUAACAGCAGUUCUGCUCCAUUUUCAUCACCCAUAAUAUCACCCCUAUCAUCGCCAAGAGAUUCCCCUGUGCCCUCCAGGUUUGUCUUUCAAUUUUCAAGGGAGCUUAAGCAGCAGCGACGGCGACGGCAACGAGGACGUCAAAAAAAGCAAUAGGUUUAUGAGUAAAACAACAACUUUGCACAUGCAUCACGCUUUCUUCUACAUUUCUUUGCCUUCACUUCACGACUACAACGUGAAAUUCCCUCAUGGGACGUUUUAUGUAGGACUUAAACACAUCACGACAAAUUUCUCUUUCUCUUCUAAACUUAAGUGCGUCCCCAAUAAAUCAACUACAGGGAAAUUCACCAGCAUUUGAUAUUUUCAGCAAAUUGGAAUAAACGCGACAAAGUUUGAAAAAAUGCGAAAUUAUUUUUAAAGUGAUGUUUUCGCUUCCGUCGCCGUCGUCGUAGCUGUAGCGCCCUAUUCUAUCAGUAUCCAUUUUUAAUUGAAAAUGGAGAUUUUUUCUCCUGCUUUGGCUUAUCGUCCACACGUUGUUAACGGUCACUGAAAAGGCUUUUUUUCAAAAACGCUCUCCAGAGUGGAGAUUAUUCAAUAUUGAAAACGCGGGCUUAUCGUUUUCCGUGGACGCACGAAAACGGAGGUUUUCUAAUACGAUGAUGUCAUACAUCAUACAGCGCAUGCCCUGUAAGGGAUGGUGUUAUCGUACUUAGUCCUUUCCAUCGUUUUAGCGUUUUGUGUGGACGGAAACGGAGAAAAAAUCUCCGUGUCAAAAAAUUUGGGGAUACUUGUGGACGAGGCCUGAUUUCAAGUCAUUUGACACACUUCUUGAAAAUACACACAUGUUCAUUGCUACAAGCAAGGCUUGUGCAGUGAUGAGACCACUUGCCACCCACUAAUAUGGCCUGGGUGCGAAUCCCAGAGGUUGGGCCAUGUGUCGGUAGAGUUUGUUGUUCAUCCUUUUUCUCAAUUGUGGCAUAGUUAUUAGAGGAGGCAGGUUAUGAAGGGCAGCAAACAUCAAAGAUGCUGCAGUUUGUGUUGGAAGCUCCCUGAAGUUGCACAAACCUUUGUUUUCUGUUCACAAAUUGUGACCGAAUAAAUUAAUGCGGCGAUUUUAUUGGUCAAUAAGUUCAAAAUGAUUGGAAUGCUAUUGAACGUUGUGCACCGUUAGGUCCACAAAAAUAUAUAACAAAAGAUUCUGGCGGGCUUCAUAACCAUUCCACUCUGUUAACUAUGGUUUUGGCUCUAGGAAGAAGCAUUUGGCAUCCAGAAAGUUGCUCAGCCGUCUGACAAAUGUUGUCAGAAUAGUUACGACCUCAACUUGGCGUCCCUUCUACCUAUUUUCAGUAGGCGAUAAGUUACGUCUUUUAAGUGUCUCAUAGUUUCUUUCUGUUGUUGUUGUUGUUUUUGGCUCUCAGUAGGACAAAGUCACCCUUGUCAGCGCACUUUGCUCCUGACAUUGUAAAAGAACCAUCUGUGAAGUUGACUGCAAGGGUCAGUAAGGACAAAAUUGUUCAUCAUGAAACCAUAGAGGAGAAGGAAAUGAAUGAUGAAGAUAAUAGCCAUGGUAAACAGGAGAAAAGCCAGUCAGCAGUAAACGGUACAGAAGCGACAAGCAAACCGACUCCUUAUAACCUCCCAAAUGGUGCCUCGCCGUCACAACUGGAGGGGAUUAUUCAACAUCAGAAGAAAGAGGAACAGCUUCUAGAAGAACAACAUGAAUUGUUACAGAAAAAAUUGCUGCACGAUUAUGAUCAUUACAUUCGAGAUCUGGGCUCAGCGCAGGAGAAGAAAGUCGAUUUAGAAAUGGUCAAUGGAGACGUAGCGUUAAAGGACAAUAGGAAACCUGUGCAACCUUCUCAGGACAGUAAGAAGACUGUGCAACCCGCUCCCGUUGGGACUUACGAUCUCUUUUCACCCGAAGUCAUUCCAAGUUAUUCCAUCAUGUACUCUGGAUCAAAUAAUGGUUAGUUUAUUAGCUCAUGCAUCUGGCUUUAGGUUCAAGUAGUCAGUCAACAAACGUUAGAUUUAAUUUUGUUUAAGAUAUUUGUGGUGCUACAAAAAAAGAACGCUCUAAACCUGUUUCGGAGCACCAAAGUAUUGUCGCUAAUAUCAUUAUUGCUAAAAAUCGUGUAGAAACAGACUAGAUGACGAAAUUGUAACUUUAGUUUGCAUGAUUUUCUUCCGUUGAUCUAUUCUAAACGGAUCAAAGACAAGAAAUAUUUUGGAAGGUUUUAUUUUUUCGCCUUAAUUUUUUGCUCGCCUCUUUUUCUUUUGCUUUACUGUUACAUAACGUUAUCACCUUUACUUGUUCGCGUUAAUGUAGAUUGUUGAUUGAGACAUGAAUUCACUGAUGGGCAAAUUUAACUUCCAAGUCGAAAAUAACUAAAAGAAAGAAAGAUUUUACUUCUGCCUCCUCCCCUCCCCUCCCCUCUUUAAAAAGUUGUUUGCAGUGAGGAGUGUAUGUGAUUUUCCUUACGGUCUGGCUGAACCAUCACGGUCCCAGUAGUUUUCCUCAUAUUAGGUUUACAUUAAGGGGCAUUUUGGUAGUUUUUUGGGGGGGAAAUGGUCGGGGUUGAUUAUGGGAGGAAAUAAAUUAGGGUAGAAAAGGUAUAUACACAUAAAGCAGUUAUUCUACUAAUGAGCUCAGAGGCAUCUUGUUUUGUUGGUGGACUAUCUAGUAUUUGUCUACUAAUAAUUUCCUUCGUAUUGUAAUUUUCAACCACCCUCAAAUCCAAUAUUUUCAGAAUUUCCUAAAUUUUUAACCCCUCCCCCCAAUGUAUGUUAAUUCAUUAAAAACAUUUAAAAGAUCAUCCAAAAAUUCGUAAACAUGUAUUGAACAAAUGAUUACGGGAAGCCAUUAUUUUGAUUGAUUGAAAUCUUAGCUACAUUUGGAGGUAAAAGGGCAGAAAUAAGCAAAAAACCAGACUUUUGACGAGAAUCCCCCUGAAGUCGUACUAACAUUCUCUUAUCAGCUUGAUCAGCUUGUUAUAGUGAGCCAUAGUAACGAAGACUCACUGGGGAAGAAUUUUACUACUCUUAAGAAGCUUCUAUUGUUAGUAGUAAGACGGUAAUAACUCUUUCUGUCUGCGUUUGUUGUACAAGAAAAUGGUAUAUUGAUCAAUCAGUCAACCAAAUGUCUUUAUUUAAUCUUAAGAUAACAUACAAAUCUUAUGUUACAAGCUGGUCAUAUAUUAAAAAGUCAAAUACAUUAGGUAUAAAAGUUGAAAUUGAAAACUAUACACACAAAUGCUGGGAUAAAGGUAAUACAACAUUAUAACUAGCAAUAAUUAGUUUAUUUUUAACUCACAUGGUCCGACUCAUAUGUAUAACGAGGCGUUUGUAUUUCUGCUGUCUUAAAUUUCUUUACAGCAAAUGGCCACAACAGGAGUUUAUCAGAGAAUGGUAAUCAUAGAUUAAACACGAAUGGAGCCAGGCCUCAUAACAGACACGCUACAGUACCACAUAACAAGUAAGAUAUUGUAAUUUGAAAUAAAUCUUCAAAUUUUGAGUCCGUAAGGAUAGUACAGGUAACUAUAACAACAGAUUUCCUCUGAAGCCAUACUUAUUUUCAUCCUAAUUCAAAAUGAAUCUGAAUCAGGAUGAAAAAUUAUAAUCUUCAUCCUAAUACUCUGAAUUGCAAGCUGGCUGUAACCGUGCCUUAAGGCCAGGCCUGUUGCACGUGUCGAGCUUCAUAUGUGACGAACCCAACGAGAAUGAGCGAGAAUUGUAAAGAGGCGAGGACUUCUCUUUCCAACAAUGUUAUCAUAGUUGUUACGUGUUAUUUACUUUACAGCCGACAGGAGGUGAUCAAAGUUGACGCUGUUCUCGGUCUAGUCACACCUAUUGGUGCACAAAUGGAAUACGACAGGGAAAGGGUGAGUUAUUUUCUCGAUUUUUUCUCAUAAGGGUUUCUCUUCAGUCUCUCAAAUUGAGUGUAUCGAGUCUGGUUAUGUCAUAUCAAUUGGUCUCUAGAUAAUCGACAGUUUCAGCUUGCGCGAUUCCAGCCGUAUGUUAAUGUUGUAUGGCCUCGGGAUUUUUGUGGCAUGCACGUUUUAAGUCAUCGCAAGCUUAUGUAUUCACACUAGCCCGUGAAAGCAGCCGUUCCUCCUCGCUCCUCGCCGCUAGGGACAUUUUGCUAGGCUAGAAUUCACACUUGUUAUGUCUUCUUUGUAGAUGAAUAGUCAAAAGGUAGUGUCAGGCCAAAGGCAACGCGGGACAGUCUGGGUCCCAACAAGCAUGACCUCAAAAUCUUCUGACUCCACCCCUGUCAGUGAAGAACUAGCAUCUACACCAGUACCCUCAGAGAAGCUUUCUGAAAAGGACAAUGCCUCUCAUAAGACUCCUUCGAUCUCUAGUGACCAAGGAAUCAGCCCAGAACAGGAACAUUCUGCUUCCAGGUUUGUGCCUGAAGGAAAGUUUUCCGAACAACCCUCCACAACUAUUCAACGAUGAAUGCGUUAUUCCAGGAAGACUACGCACGCAUAGAGAAACGUGUAACGUCACGUUACCUUGGUAGCAAAAUUUUUGGAGCUUUUUCUAGACAGAGACGGUCGUUUGCAUUGUCAAACGUGUUGUAACUUAGAAAUCCAAGGACGAAAUUAUGAAACAACGCGAGCAUUGAACAUGAACAUUCCAGUCUUGUUUUAUUCCUAGUUCUCACCCACUGCGCAAGCGCAUCCAUGUACACGUAACCCGACUAUGACGUAACUUAGUACAAUGUAACACAACAAUAACAAAACAAAGUCACGAUAUAACAAAACGAUGGAAGAUAAGUUUGGGCUACCGUUUUGUUCCUGAGUGCAUUCAUACACGGGAAAGUCGUACAUGUCAGUUUUUUUUUUUUCGUUUUUUUCUUUCGUUUUUGCAGGACCACGGUUUGUUGAGAUCUAGAAAUUUUGAUUGGGACGUGAGGUAACGACGUCUCUUCUCCGUUAGGCGCCAAGAUGAACUUAGUUUUGAUUCGAAUCCUGUGACUCUUACCAUUUUCAAACCGUUAACUUGAAUGGCCUUUCUGGUUCCGAACAAUCGGUCGGAAAAGUGCUCUUAAAAGAUCUUUGAGUGGCUCAGUAAGUCGAGUUAAGGUAGUAACUACAUUGGCUGCAAUCAAGAAAAACGGAUUUUAACAUUUGAUCUCAGUUGAGUAUUUAAAGUGCUUUGAUCCUUUUUUUCCCUAGUGAUUGACUCACGUUAUUACGUUAGAAAAGAAAUAAAAAUCAAAAGCGCAAGGAUUUAAGAUACCGAUGAAGUCGCCCCACCUUUGAACUAAUCUCGGGCCGCCCGGUUUAUAAGCAAUUUUCUUUUGUCACGCCACGACUAACAUUUCCCUCUUUCGAAUUAAAAAUGCCAAAGUGCUUUUUUUUUCUUUAUGUUUAUUUCUCGUUUUUGGCAAUUGUCUCGUUGAGAUCGGUUUUCUCCGUUUCCAGAACUUGGCGAUGUUUUAGUUUUUCAUCCUAAAGUACCGUGAUCUGUUUUAUUCGGGUUAUUUAAUAGUUAACAAAAUGAAAAAUGUAAUGAUUGCUCCCCUUAGCUCUGUAAGUUGUUUUUAAUACACUAUCGAUGCGCAAUUUUUUUAAUUUUGCCGUACGUAAAAUUGGCAGAAACAAACAAGAAACAAAGGCAUCAAGAGAAAAAAAACAACUGAAAUUUCUCAAACGGAAUCUGUCUUGACAAACGUAAGUUUUGUUAGUAAUUACAUAAACUGAAUUAGUAAACAACAAUGACAUUGGCAAAUGAGGUCGUGAACUGUGACAGCCAAAAAAGCGAGGACAUUUUUUGUGAAUUGUAAAGCUCAGUCUAGUCAACUUACAUGUCUUUCUCGAACAAUGUGAAAAGAAUUAGAUCGUCUCAGGGCUUCCAAGAAUAAAGCUUUUACAAUAUUUCAAUUUUAAGUUUACAGUGCAGGUUACGAAUAACAAGGAAUGUGACGUAUGUCACUUUGUUUACUGAGCAAAAUUCUAUUUCACAAUAUAAAGCGCUUUGUUUUAGCGCUUAUGCAUGUUCCAGAUUAACACGUUCUUGAAGAAACCAUGGAGAACAUGCCUGCGUCACUAUUAACCGGUAUAACGCAAGGAACAUUUCUUGGGCUUAAUUCCUGCUCAACGCACGUUUCUCGUCCUUCCUCUUGUCCUUGUUUGAGCUUCGAGUCUCGCGACAUAUCGUCAAGGUAUAGCCUUGGUUUUAUACUGUUUAUCUUUUGAGUGACUUGAGUGAGUUUAUAACACCACCAAACAUGUGCUAUUGCAGCGUUUCUCAUCAGCCUGGAGUACCUGCAGUCGGUUCAAAACAAGGCUCUUUCUUGCCAAUUAUCACUCAAACAAACUUUGGCAGGUUUCUUCGAGGAGAAAGGUACUUGUGAAACGUGCCUUUAAUAAUACGUAAACUGGCAUCGUGUCAUUUCUUAAAUAUAUAUACCCCGGCGAUUUUAUAGUUUGACUUAAGUCAUAUCUCGUCGUUAUCAGGGCUGAUUUGAAACUGGGACAACCUCUGGAUUCUAAUCGUCUUUUGUGCGUCUAACCGACAAAACUUUUAGUUGCAUUAAUUCACACUCUAAGACUAACAAUACCGACGAGAGUUAAGAGUACAAUUGAACUGAAUGCUUUCGAAGAAAGUUCACUUAAAUGUUUGUUAGAAGUAGACUUUAUAUUUGCAUUUCUGUUAGCAGCUGUUUUUAGUUUCUAACGGCUCAAACUAAAACGUAAAGUUUAGGUAGUUUUUAUUUCUACCACGAAAUCAUUUUACAAUAUCCUCUUUUGCAUUAAGUUUAAUGUAUCUUCAGACGGAAGCCAUGUUUUUUCAUUCUUCUAGCCAGUGCGGCAGGCGAAAAAAGGGGAGGGGGAGGGGGAGAGAGAGAAACACACCCCCUUUUUUUCACUAUCCCCUACCCAUUUCGACGCCUGUCCUAAUUUUUGUUUCCUUUUAUUUUAUCAGACCUGCAUCGCACUCGUUAGAUAACAGAUCAAUGGAACUGAAACUCAAGGAACCGGAGCUCGCCCCUGAAAGAAACCCCAGGGAUUACACUGUGCACUUUCCCCAGGACAAAUCCCACGACCCGGCUGUCACUAAGAGUUACAAGACUUCGGGGCCUGUUAUACCAGACACUAUCAGAUAUCAGUGAGUGUUUUUAAAGUUUUAAUACUACGAUUAAGGUGUUUCGAUACAGUUUUUCAGAGGCCAUACCGAUAUUUGUCAAUCGUCUUAAAAGUGGUUUUUUCCUUGUCCAAUCGCUAUAAAAUUUUCACUAGUGACUGGCUGUGGAUUGAAAUUUGUGAAAAUGUAGUUUUAAGUAAAAUGGAAACGUCGCUUAAAAAGUGAAUUCGCGUUCUUUCAAUCACCCUCGCGAUUAUUCCAACUCGCUUCCUAUGGCAGAUGCUAGCGAACUCAUCCGAAGCCAAAUUCCUAAAAACCAUAUAAAAGUUCAGAAAGAGAAAGAAGAUUUCGUCGGACCUUGUUUACUUCCUGCACAAACGUGCAAUUAUGCAUUUUCACAUCGUAGUCGUUCAGUGACGUUAAAGAAAUGUGCAAAAAAGCGCGGUGCACUUGUAGAGUUGCUGUUUUGCGUAUUCAACCUAUUGCCCUUUUAACGUUCUUAAUGUCGUCGCCGUCGUGGCAUCUUAAACUCCCUGCUAAAUCAAUUAACCCUUGUUUACAACUGCAGUUAGAAAGAAAAUCUAAACAGAGUGUCCGUUCAUUUUUCCAGAUUUAGUCAUCCUUAUCUUUCAGUUUGAGUUCCCACGGCCCUUGUUCACACUGAUGUAAACUGUUAACAACACAACCCAUUGAUGAAAGUUGGUAAUUAUUAAUUUUUCGUUCUGUUUCUUCCCUCGAUAGGUGGACGGAUGAUGGCUUUGGCCACAGAACGUACCUGAAAAAGCUUAAAAAACAGUAAGUGCUGUUGUUACUUUAUAAUGUUGUAAUUAUUGCUCUAAUGUCUCUAAUGUCAAAACAUCAUAUCGUGGACCGUCUGGACCGCGGAUCGUAGAGUGGCUAAAAAUUCCCUUAAGUUCUUCUACAGAGGUAACUCACAUUAUUUUAGAUCAGAAAAAAAUUUAAGUCUUCAAAUUUGAAGAAGAUACGAUGUUUGAAAACAAAAUUAUAAGUUACGGUCAAAUUCGCGAGCUUUCACGGACGUUUGACUGAAGACAGUUAAACUGGCCCGCCUGUCAUACAAGCGUAUUUAAAAUUGUCCACAUUCGUGUAUUUGUGCUCUUAAGUUUCGUGUACUCCUUAACUCAGCUUAAAGUAUGAGAAAUGCCAAGGCUGUUGGGGUUUUCUACAAACAACGCUAAUGGCGGUUUAAAUACUUAAAGAAAGUCAACUAUAUGAACGCUUCAAAUAUAACCGACUUGACGUAUGAGGCAUUCGUUAGAGGAAUGAUGGUGUACUGUUUGCAUCAGUUUAUUGACUGACUCAAAUACUUCAUCCUAGAACCCCGUCAUCCCCCCGUGGUUCAAGAAAGAAACCGCAGAUCCAACCCACGUUUCAAGUAACCAUGCCAACCGGCAUCCGCUCACUGGAUAAACGAACCCUGGCCUCCCUGGUAGUUGUCAGACAUUUGGGAGAUGCGGACAGAAGGAACAUGUAAGAAACAUCAUUAACCAAUCAAAAUGCUGUAACAGCACUAAUUCUUCCCGCCAUUUAACGUCCCUUCCGCGUCAGGCCAUUUUCCCGCCAAAAAUUGUGGUUUGUAAGGUUUUUGCGAUAAUAGUUUGCACCGUACUUUUUACAUCUCUUUAUUCCUUUUCUGCCUUUUAGUAAGAGUUUCCUUAUUUUUCCAGUCAAAUACUACCUGCCUCAUUUAUCACAACAGUUGUUUUUACGCGGGAGCGCGAUAGGCGCGGGAGGAAGAGGGUUUCCAUUUCUUCUUACUCCCUCGCGCGAUAGGCGCGCGAGGAAGAGGGUUUCCCUUCCUUCUUACUCCCUCGCGCGCCUCGUUACGUGGGUCUCAGUGUAGGGUACAUUUUUCCGUGCCAUCUUAAAUCAUUCUCUUGCCAUUAUAUGCUAUACUUCUCGCUGCUUCUCCUUUUGCGGCUUUCCUGCUAUAUUAGCAUUCAUUAAUAACAGCAAUUUUCAAUUCAACACAAUUGAUGACUCUCUGUUUUGCGCCAUUGUAGAGAUCGUAUAUCAGCACCUCAAGGAGGAAAGCUCAUUUCGGGUCCAGUUCAUGUCGAUAAUGUAGCUGAUUAUAGUUAUAACCUGGAGUACAUGUCCUUCUGCCAGCCUGUUGGGCCCAGACUGGGUGAGCUCAUAAUGACUAACCUAAGAGUGGAAUAGAUAAGGCGAUAACUUUCAUACACGUAUUCAUAAUGGACGUUUCUGAGAAACUGCCCACCUACCCCUACCCCAAGCCAACAUUAACACUUACUUCUCACUUAGGGCAAAGUGUUGGCUUAGGGGAGGGGUAUGGCAGUUUUCCAGAAACGUACAACGAUCCCAUAAGAACACGUUUUUUGUCGCACAAUGUUUCCCGCCAAAUAUCUCUGAUUCGACAACAAAGCAAAACCUAUGACGUCACAGGGUUACAUUCAUGGUCACAACUUCCCAAUGUUAACUGCUACUUUGUUUUCAUAAUGAAUCUACUACUGUUUUGCCCGAUUUUUUGUGCUAUAUACAGGAAAAACCAACAUAUAAAAACCUAAAAUUUAAGAACCUGUUAAGCUAAAAUUUUCAUUUUAACCCCCUUUUCGUAAGAACCUAUUUGGCCUAAAGUUUUCAAUAGGUUCUUAUUUUACCAAAAGGAAGGCACAGGUGAAAAUACAGCAUGAGAACAUGCAUGCUAGUAUUUUGGAAAGAUAAAUUUACUGUAUGGUUAUCAUCCAAACUGUAUUCUAGAUAAUUAUUUAAUACACCAAUAUACUGUAUUCCAUAUUACAUAUGCCCCGUAGUGAUCGCUAGUGCCUCUAUCAAAUUAAGAACCUACGUAGCCUAAAAUCCCACUAAAUACCAAUUCUAUGAGAACCUACUUAGGGUAAGUUGGAAAAAUCUAGGUUCUUUACUGUAUGACUAGACUACGAGUAGUCCCCCAUUUUUCCUCAGGGAUAGUAGAGCCUGCGAAACGCGAGCGCGCGUGAAAAUCUCCUCCCCGCCGCGUGUCGCCUUUUCUCGCGUGGAGUGAUUUUCACGCGCGCUCGCGUUUCGCAGGCUCUACUAUCCCUGAGGAAAAAUGGGGGACUACUCGUAGUCUACUGUAUGACCAAUCACUUAACUUUGUUUCCUUCGAAUCUUGAUGUUUUCGUGACGCGGAGAUUCUCGCAGAUAAAAUUUACUGUUUCCUUCGGAGCGAUAUUGCCAGGAUCUACUUGAGUAUAACGUCUAGUUUCUUUUUUAUUUUUAGGGCAAUGUGAAAACCCGUCGACAGUAAACUGGUAUUUGCAAGGAGAACAUGGACUAUACCGAGAGUCAUCUAAAAGCCAAGCGGAAACCAGGUACCACGUGGUGAUAUGACUUUCCCUUUAUCCUGCUACUCGCGAAUACUUGCGUAGAUUUCUGCUUUAUUAGCGUAGUGCUUCUCACACUCUGAUCAUGUUAUAAAGAUAAAAGCCCUGAAUACUGAAAAAGCAAGGUAGUUCGCGGAAGCAUAAAGGUGUGAUACGCUUGCAGGUAGGGUUGUUUGCUCCCGUCCGUUGAUACCGGAAAAAACGAUACCGUCGCCAUCUUUUUUUCCCAAGUACCCUUCUAAAAUGCCGUCUUGCUGAGUAUUAUCAUCUUCCCUACUGCAAGGACAAGAUCGCUAAGCCAUUUGGGCGUAAAAGUGCUGCCAGAGCUUAAUAGUUUGCGAAAUUGCAAUUUACUGAGGUUGCGUUCGAUUGGGAAAUCCGCUGGAUUUGGAUUUUGAAUUCCGGAUUUCAGAUUUGAAAUCGAGCGUCAUAUCCGAAAGCGGAUUUCAACACUGAGAAAUCUCUUCUUGGAUAUCCUUUCUUUCUGUUUUUUUGGGGGAAAUUCGAAAAACCAUUUUUAAGACUGUUCUCAAGGACAGUGGUCUUGAACGUGCACGCAUGAUUAGCAGGAAAAAAGACCACUGUUCACGGGAAACGUUUUGCAAAUCCGUUUUCGUAUUUUCCCAUUCAAACGGUAAAUAAAGAAAUCCACGAAAUCCAGAUUUGAAAGUUUUAAGUUGGAAUCCACAUUGAGGACGGAUUUCUUGGAGGUGAAAUCCGUUUUCGGAUUUCGCGUUCGAUUGUAAAAUCCCAAGUCUGGAUUUCAAAAUGUAAAUCAGAUUUCCCAAUCGAACGCAACCUGAUUCAGAAAGAUUUUCUUGAUUUUGUGAUCCGCUUUUUUUUAAAUUUUUAUUCAAUCACACUGGUAUGAAUUACAGAAAGUAGCAGAAAACACAACGCACGCAUUACACAUGAAAUUACGGUGGCCCAGAAGGGUCACACAUGCAAAUUAAAAAUGUUGCUGCAAACUAAAAAUUUUACCUGUAGAUUAAAAAUGUUGCUGCAAAUUAAAAAUUGUACAUGCAAACUAAAAAUAUUACAAACGUGAAACAUGAAUGGGCCGACGGCUGUAAGGCCAGGUCGCACGGCUCGGACCAGGUCCUCAUCACUCAUACUGCGCGCGUAGGACUUUUCAUUUUUAAUUUGCAUCGAUAUGUUUUCUAUUUUCAAUUUGCAGCACAAUUUUUAGUUUGCAUGUACAAGUUUUAAUUUGCAGGUAAAAUUUUUAGUUUUCAGCAACAUUUUUAAUUUGCAUGUGUGACCCUUCUGGGCCACCGUAGGAAAUAUUCUAAUAACAUCACACAAUCCACAAAAUGUUCAUUUUUUUAUCGGCUUAGUGACGAUUCCAAGUCUCGCCGCACCGAUGUACGGAUUCCGAGGGAUAACUCACUCAUGGUGGAAGGACAUCAUUUCGGUGCUGAUGAACACAGGGAAGAACAGAGAGUACCCUGGGAAAAGAAAGAGUUAUCGUCCCCGUCCACGAUCAGCUUAGACAGCGGUAACGAAAGUCUAGUCAUUAAAACAAAAGGUGUGCUAACAUUCAGAGAUUUUUGUUUGUAAGGACAGUUAGUUUCUUUUUCGUACCGAAAACCAAAUCUUAUCACGGUAUUUUAAGAUAUUUCGGCACAAAUGCUUUCAUAAGAACCAAUUAAGCAACGUCACAGAAAAGCACUGCUCGAAUACGUUUAUUGUAAUGGUCAUACCUAAGGAUUUCAUCGACUGAGUCAAAAGUUAGAACCCGUUUUCAACGGAGAAAUUAACCGUCAUACAAAAGAAAGCUGUGCAAAAGCUUUCAUUUUAGGGGCCACACUCUGGUUCUGGUUCUCUGGUUCGCUGGCUUGGUUCUUUUACCGCCGGCACGCACUCGCGAAAAAGUAGAAAGACCGCCUACCAACUACUCUGUUUUUUCCAGAUACGCUACGCCCCUCGUCACCCGCUCGUCCGUCCUCGCCGGCCUCGUCACGUAAAGUGAUUCCAAUCCCGACAGCCGGUCGUUCGUCCAGACCCUCGUCAGCAAGGAGUGUCUGUAGCUCUCGUAACGCAGACGUUACGCCCAACUUCACAGUGAAAAACUUCAAGCAUUUCUGUUGGGAUGACGAGGUAAUUUUCUUUAAGCUUUUUAGCUUCGUGUUCAAAUAUGUGGGUGUGACACGAAUUCUUUACAUGAAAAGUUUUUUUUUUGUAUAUGUUGGCCGCGUCGUCUGUUCACGGACCUUUUUGGAGAUCGUCAGGCGCUCCUUCGAUUGAUUUGACUGAUUGAUUGAUUGAAUAGUUAUGCUCCUUUUUCUCGUAGUAUUUAUUACAAGAGGAUUAUAUGAGGCAGCGAGAAGUUUGGGCAGCGGUUAACAUACAGAGGUGAGUGUUUUAAGUGAAAGACUUAACAUGAAAACCGCUAUAGUUUCAACCAGAAAUUCGUGUUUACAAAUCGUACUUUACUUUCGCCGCGAUUGAUUUCGAGCAAGAGACCAGAGGAUUGGGGAUCAGUUAGGAUACUUCAAGUUCCUUGGUUUUCUGACUGGUUCAUUGCAUUAUCUGUGUGCGCUGUUAUGAUUAGUUUUACGGCAAUAACAACAAUACCCGCUGAAAGGCAAGUGAGUGCUUCCGUUUUUGGAAAACCGGAAAUUCUGGUUGAAAAAUCAAAUGGUUUGCGCCGCUCCGUUUAGGAAGCUAAACUACAUACGGGCUGUGAUGUGAGGCGAUGCAAUUUUUAUACUCUUCUAAGUCUGUUCAACUGAUUUGGAUAUAC